GACUCACUUCAACCCCUAAUUUUUAUGGCGGCGGCGAUGAGUUCGUCUCCCGUCGUCAGCUCAUGAAACUAAAUCUCUCGAAUCUCAAAUUUCUACGGACCUCAAGAAAAUCGUUCAUGUCCCAGACCCGAACAAUGACUCAAAAGCCGGAUUCAAUUCCUGAUCCGUCCCAAGUAGUCGACGAUCUUCUCUGCUCAAAGCAGCGUGAUGUGCAGAUUGAGGAAACGAUCGACGCAGCGCCUGCAAUCUUGGGCUCUCCAAGUCGGGUCCUAAGCAUUGAUACUAGGGUAGAGCGAGCUUGGGCACACUGGAAAAAUCUGGGUAGACCCAGAUACAUCGUUGCUCCAAUGGUGGAUAACUCUGAGCUUCCGUUUCGAUUGCUCUGCCAAAAAUACGGAGCUCAAGCUGCUUAUACGCCGAUGUUGCAUUCUAGGAUUUUCACCGAGACUGAGAAGUAUCGAAAUCAGGAGUUCACCACUUGCCAGGAGGACAGGCCAUUGUUUGUGCAGUUCUGUGCUAAUGAUCCUGAUACAUUAUUGGAAGCUGCAAAGAGAGUGGAACCUUACUGCGAUUAUGUUGAUAUCAAUUUAGGGUGUCCACAGCGUAUAGCGAGGCGAGGAAAUUAUGGUGCAUUCCUGAUGGAUAAUCUCCCUUUGGUGAAAUCACUUGUUGAAAAGUUAGCUCAGAACCUUAAUGUUCCUGUCUCCUGUAAGAUCCGGAUUUUCCCAAACAUUCAAGAUACACUCAAAUAUGCCAAGAUGCUAGAAGAUGCUGGUUGCUCGCUGCUAGCUGUUCAUGGCCGAACAAGGGAUGAGAAGGACGGGAAAAAGUUCAGAGCUGAUUGGAGUGCCAUCAAGGAAGUGAAAAACGCUUUGAGAAUCCCUGUUCUGGCGAAUGGGAAUGUAAGAUGCAUCGAAGAUGUUGAUAACUGCAUUGAGGAGACCGGUGUUGAAGGUGUCCUUUCUGCUGAGACGCUUCUUGAGAAUCCAGCGGUCUUUGCUGGGUUCAGAACAGCUGAAUGGGCAGCGAAUAACGAAGAAGAGGGAUUCGUCGAUGGAGGAUUAGAUCAGGGAGAUUUAGUUGUUGAGUAUUUAAAGUUAUGCGAGAAGCAUCCGGUUCCAUGGAGGAUGAUUCGAUCUCACGUUCAUAAGAUGUUGGGAGAAUGGUUUAGGGUUCAUCCACAGGUUAGAGAACAGCUUAAUGCUCAAAACAUAUUGUCGUUUGAGUUUCUAUACGGUCUUGUAGAUCAGCUGAAAGAACUUGGAGGGCGAGUUCCACUCUACAAGAAGAAGCAAAUAGAUACUCCAAAUCCACAAGAGUCUCCACAAAGAGUUUAGAGGUAAUGGAGUCCCUUGUAUUAGUAAUACAUUCUUGAUUCAUUGGGUUUUAUGUUGUAUCACCAAUCAUCACUUAUAAACCAAAAUUUUUUUAGUAUCUUCUUAUGUAAGACUCACUUUUAAACUAAAAUUUUAUCAAUAUCUUGUGAAAUGUUAGAAUAAAGCUUAUAAGUUCAUUUAAGAAA